UCAGAGCCAAUAGAAAGCGCUCAGUGUGAUAAGAUCCACAUGCGAGUGACGGAGACGAGCCAGAAAGCAGAGUUCAAACACACAGAGAGAGAUUUAUAGAGUCACCUCCAGAAAGCAGCAUCACAGUCUGAGAGAAUCCGUCAGAAACGUGGAAGAGCAGCAGCAGCAGCAGCAGCAGAGCCUCUCGUCUGCUCCCGUCCAUGGGCUUGAGCGGCGCCGGCCAUCCCUGGACUCUGGAUCUGCUCCGUCUCUGACCGCACACUCGUCCAGGAUGAGCUGUAAGGUGGCGCUGUGGCUGCUGCUCGCCGGCCUGCUGUGCGUCACCUCCGCCAGCCGUAAGAACCGACCGCAGGGAUCCAUCCCGUCACCCUACAAGACCAGCUCCAACACCUCCGACCGGCGCACACGCAAACAGGAAGUUCUGGCCUCCAGCCAGGAAGCUCUGGUGGUGACGGAGCGCAAGUACCUGAAGAGCGACUGGUGCAAGACGCAGCCGCUGCGGCAGACGGUCAGUCAGGAGGGCUGCAAGAGCCGCACCGUCAUCAACCGCUUCUGCUACGGCCAGUGCAACUCCUUCUACAUCCCACGGCACGUCAGGAAGGAGCAGGAGUCGUUCCAGUCGUGCGCCUUCUGCAGGCCGCAUCGCUUCACCAGCCUCACCGUGGAGCUCGAAUGCCCCGACCUGCAGCCGGCCGUCCGCUACCGCAAGAUCCAGCGCGUCAAGCAGUGCCGCUGCAUGUCCGUCAGCGUGUCCGAGUCUGGGAAACAGUGAGAUUGUGACGAGGUUUCACUGGAAACACCUGCUGCUAAUCUGAGCUGAAAGACUGCAAGGCUUCAGCACGCCAUCUUAAGACCGUCCUGCUGGACACUGGUCACUAUCGGCCACCACUGGUCUCCAGAAAUCUCCAUCAGUCACAACUGGUCAGCACUGGUCUCCAACAGUCACCAUUGGUGAUCAUUGGUCACUAUCUGUCAUCAUUGGUUUUCAAAGGUCUCCAUUGGUCUCCAACAGUCACCAUCGGUCACUAUUGGUCAGUGGAGUGUGGAAAUGGACUGACAUGCAGAGAAAUGACUCCACACGGAACUCGAUCCAGGAGCUGCUGCUGCCUGUGUGACAAUCAAUGAUAGUUAACACCAAACAUGCGUAACUAGACUGAUUAUAGAGAUUCUAUAGAAAUAUGGUACAACAAAAGUAUAUAUAUGUAGAGAAACAACUGAAGUCUAUAUUAAAAGUAUUGAGUUCUAUUGACGUCUUCUGUUCUUCUGUUACUUCUGUGGGGAAAUCUGUGGACUGGAUAUAAAGGCCUGUUCACACUACAACUACAUAAUAUGGACUUCUCACAAUUCUGAUUUUUUUUUUCUUGCAAUUCAUCUGACAACUGAAUUUUUCUUGCAAUUCAGAAUUGCACGACAUAAACUCACCAUUAUAUGCAAAAAGUCUGGAAUGUAAGAAUGGUGUAAUUGCAAGAAAAAAAAAGUGCCAAAUCUUUCAGAUAAAGUCAGUAAUACGAGAUGUAGA